CAUCAUUCGGUUUCUUCUCCACCUCAAAAUUACACUGUUCUCUCUCUCUAGGUCAUAAACGCACACAAAAUUCACCACAUCAUGGACAACAUGAACGACGACGACAUCAAGAGCCUAUUGCACAACAGUUUCAUCCAAACCGAUGAACUUGGCAGUUAUUUCGAAGAUAUGUCUGUUGGUUACUACGACUCGAGCUCGCCGGAGGGAGGGGUCGACCAGUCUGCCGCCUCCAAAAACAUCGUCUCCGAGAGGAAUCGGAGGAAGAAGCUCAACGAGAGGCUCUACGCUCUGAGAGCAGUGGUCCCCAACAUCAGCAAGAUGGAUAAGGCGUCGAUCAUCAAGGACGCGAUCGAGUACAUCGAGUCGCUGAACAACGAGGAGAGGCGGAUCCAAGCGGAGAUCCAGGAGCUGGAAUCGGGCGGGGCUCCGGCUUUCUACUCGGAUCAUCAAGCUGAAUCCACUGCGUAUUCGGCUUCGCAGCCGAUUAAGAGGAGUAGAACGAUGGAUAAUUACUACGAUUCGUGUGUGUCGUCGACUUCUGCGCCGUCGUCUGCCUCCUACCCGAUGCCGCCGUCGUCGUCUCCGAUUGAUCUCCUCGAGUUGAGGGUGUCAAGUAUGAAGGAGAAGACGAUAGUGGUGAGCUUGACCUGCAGUAAGGGACCGGACACAAUGGUGAAGCUGUGUGACAUCUUUGAAUCGUUGAAUCUCAGAAUCAUCACCGCUAAUAUCACUGCUUUCUCAGGGAGGCUUCUCAAGACUGUUUUCAUCGAGGUAUGUCUCUCUCUCUCUCUCAUCUUUUCAACAUGGUUGGUCAGGUGGAGUUUGUUGUAUAUACAAUUAGGAACGGAUGAAAUAUCAACAUUUUAAUGAUCUUCACAAAUUAAUUGUAGAUUUUUGAAGAUAUGAAAGCUCAAUUUUGUGUAGUUUAUAUAUUCAUGGCCGCCAAAAGCGUUUUCAAUAAUUGUACAUACAUAUUCAUUCAUUUCUCACUCACUAACAAGAUUUUGAAAAGGACUUGAAAGUAGGAAAUCAUAACAUAAUAGGAAAAAGAAGUACUAUGUUGCUAAAAAUAUAUGGCUAUUAUGGGUAGGGGUCUACUGUCCGGUUCCAAGAGAAUCUAACAACUUGGAACCUAUUCAUAAUCGGCCUGAUAAGUAAAUUUAUAGUUCUAGUUUAGAAUUGAUAAUUGAUGAUUUCGGUCACUAGUUUAAAAUUUGUGUCUUUUUUUACGAUUUUGAACCUUUUUUUUUCGACGAUAUUUUUUAAUUCCCAUGUUUUUAAGAGAAUGAAUUAAAAUCAAUAAUUUAUCACCGGUUACGGUUCCAAAAUUUCUAGAACAAACCGGUAAAACCGAUAUACCGGUUAAGGCUCCAAAUCGAACCGAGUGGGCUCCUUCCGGGUCAGGGGCAGAUUAGUCAUUUUGUGUUUCAACAUUCAAAAUUGAAUAAGACAACACUUGUUUGUAAUUUUAGACGAAUGGAAGUUGGAUCGAUAGAGAAAUUGGUAGACGUUGGCAUGGUUCUCACUUCCCAAUCCAAUUUUCAUCUUAUUUCUUUUUUCUUUUUUAUGCUCAUAUAUUUUUUUUAUCAAAUUAUAUUAUCCUCCUAAAUAUUUUUAUCUAUGCUCUAAUUUUAAAUUUCAGUUUUUCUUUACUUAAUUACACUUGCAUCUUUUCAAAUCAUAUACAGUAUAGUACAAUAAAUAUAAAAAUAAAAUUUACUUAAAACGAUUGAAAACAGCUUAGACGAUUUGAAUUAUGAUCAUCGAUCUACACUUUUGAUAAACAUGCGGUGAUGAUCUCAUUUCAACUUGCAGAUAUUACUAAUAUAUAUGAAUACUUUAUUAACAUUUGUGAGCGGUGGGGCCCCUAUAUUGGUUCUCUUCCCCUUUUAAACUUUACUUUUUCUUUAAAAAAUCUAGGGACCAAAUAUGUUUGUGCUUUCUCCUUCAAAAAGAGAGCUAAUAGAGAAUAUAAGCAUUAUUUCAAGUUAUUUUAUUUUAAUCACUAGUUCUGUAUUAUGGAUUGAUGGUGCGUGUUAGAGUAUCAUUAUCAGAGUUCAUUAUUUAUGAGACACCAUAUUACUAUAACUAAGCUACGGAUAUGAUUUUAAAUUAACACUAAUUUUCUUGAUCAGAUAUUUAGUAGAUACUUGAGGUCACUCUUCACAAUCCAUGGAAUCAUAUACUAUUAUCUUUUUUUUGUAGCAAUUUGCAUAAACUAUUGUAUGAGUACAUAUAUUCAUCAAAGUACAGAUCCGUAUACUGGUCCACUCAGAUUUGUGUUCAUCAUUUCCAAAUUAUUUUAACUACUAGUAUGUUGGAACAAUUUUAAAAAACUCCAUUUAUAAAAUAUUUUCUUGAAUGUUGUGUAU